UCUUUGCCAUUGGUAUAUGCUUGUCUUGGAAAUCUUCCGAAAGCUUUUAGUGAGCGCUGUUGUCGUGUAUAUAAAGCCCAUGUGUGGUGGUAGCAAGGUGUAAACACAGCCCUGGGUUUUCCAGAGCGCCUCUCUUUCAGUAUAUCCAACACUCAGCUAGUGUUGUUAUGUUUCACAAGUCAGCCGUGGGAAGCCUUAGAAGGUGACUCCAGCCACAACCAUCUGCAGAUAUCCAUAACAAGGUUAUACAGCCAUGAUUCACUGCCAACCAUCCUUUCUAGUCUGAUACAGGAACUCACCCUUUACAUGGGAGCAAGCUGAACGGCAGCAUGAAUGAAUCAUCAACCCCCGUCUUUUCCAGAUUGUCUUCUAGAUGUGUGUGUCAGGACAGAAGGGUGAAUGAGUAAACUCAUCUGGGAGAUGGAUCGACCUUCACUCCAACUCCUUGUUACAGAACACAUUCCUUUGAUGAGGAAGUGUGGGAGUUUAGGCAAAAGCGAAAGCAGUGAAAUUAUGUAAUGUGUGCAACAUUGACAAACGCUCAGACGUGCAGGCAGCUGUACGGUUUACUUAGGUGCAGUUGUUUAUUCGGGUGACACUACCUUAGUAAGAGUAUCAUUCUGGAUAUGGUGCAUCAUAUGCGUCGGGUUUAAAUAAAUGCAGUUAGCACCUGUUUUUGUGUUGUGAUGCAAGUUACAACGUGGGUGUUUCGCCUCAAGUUAUGCAGUGCUAUUGAAGGACGUUUUAAUGAAGAGAUUAGUUUGGAAAGAGUGGUUUAUUGUUUUUUCCAGCUCAGUUGUUUGUGGGGUAUAGAGAGACUUUGUUCAUUGAUUUAACCUCAGGUAAAAUACAGUAAGUGUCUGAUCUUUUUGAGUGGGAUCUUAGGAUCUUAAGGAUCUUAAUGUGAAACAUUUCUUCUCUCCCCCAGGUAUUGAGGAUGCGAUGGAAUAUCCACGGUUUACCUUCAACCCAAAGGAAGGGAUCGACAACCCGGCCCUGGUAAUCUCUGACGACCCGGACCCCAACCCGUGCCCGGUGCCCCGGCUGUGCCAGCUGAAGCGUGCCGAGGGCCAGGGCUUUGGCUUCGUGCUCCGGGGGGUGCAGGGGAAGCGUGGGCACGUGAUCAGGGAGGUAGAGCCCCACAGCCCGGCAGAGGUGGGGGGCCUCAGGGACGGCCAAAGGGUGCUGGAGGUCAACCAGGAAUAUGUGGAUAACAUGGAGUUCCCUGAGCUUUUGAGGAAGAUCCAGCGCUGUGGCCUCCGGGUCUUUCUCUUGGUGCUGAGAGAAGAGGAAUACGAGCAGGCUGUGUCUUGGUGUCUGGACCUGCAGGAGGUGGCAAGGUCUAACAGGGGCGACAACCAUGACCACAAAGCCAGACUCUGCCACGUCACCCGGAACCCAGUGCAGGGCCUGGGCAUCACCAUCCGCCAUGUGCAAGGUCAGAAGGGCAUGUACUACCUGAGCACAUUAACAGCCGGUCCUGCAGAGAGAGCCGGCGUCCGCAACGGAGACAAACUGAUCUGGGUCAACGGCGUCACAGUCGCAAACCUCACAUUCUCAGCACUCAACAAAAUAUUUAAGAGGAGUAGCAUCCAUGUGACCUUGCUGGUCAUAGACAGAGAGAGUGAGUCCGUCUGCAUCAAGCGGCGGAUCCCUGUGGUGGCGGACUUGGCAGAGUGCCUCAGCCUGGCCCACAGGCCCAAGACUAUGGACCUGGUCCAGGGGCCGGAUGGAUACGGGUUCCUGCUGCGACAGGAGAAGCUGAGAGUCUCGGGACGCAUUGGUAUACCAGAGAGAGUGCACCUGCUGCGAGAGGUGGAGGCAGGGAGCCCGGCGGAGCAGGCGGGCGUGGAGGACGGGGACCUGGUGCUAGCCAUCAACGGGGAGGCCGUGGAGACUGCGGCGCAUGAGCUCAUCGUCCACAAGAUCCGGGAGAGCGGUCAGAGUGUCAGCCUCACCACAAUCACCUUAAAGGGGCGGGACUACUAUCGCCAGUUGGACCUAUCCCCCCUGCUGUUCUAUGAUGAGGACAUAAAAGAGGCCCAGAACGGACCUGACGACAGGGGCAACCAACUCUACCCCACGGGCCCCAGGCUGUGUGUUCUGGACAGAGAGGCCGUCGGAUUCGGGUUCAACCUGUGUUGUGCCCCGGAUAAGCCGGGGACUUUUAUUGGCCAGGUGGCAUCGGGGGGCUCUGGCCAGAGGGCUGGUCUUCUGCGGGGUGACGCCAUUGUGGAGGUGGAUGGGCAGAAUGUGGAGGACAGGUCUUUGGAGGAGGUGGGGGCAUUGGUCAAAGCUGGCUUGACAACGCUCAAGCUCCUGGUGAGGGAGAGGACGGAGGGUGAACACCUCGGGAGGAACGGACCCCAGGAGACACAGGUUGGGCAUAUGUACACACAUUCACCCACACCCACACAUAAACACGAAAAGAAUAUGCCUGGGCCAAGGGGUUCUCCUUGUGGGCCCUGUUGAAAGCAUUGCAGAUUCCUGACACUGCAGUAAUGUCUGUGUUACAGUUUUCCUUGCUUCCUCUCUUUACGUCUGGCCUCUAAAAGUCAGAUGAAACCACUUUUCCUGCAUGCUACUACACAUCUAUCGUGGGAAGAUAUAUUUUCUGUAUUUAUUUUUUAUGUCUGAAAUGGAUAAAGUGAAAAAAUGCUGUUUUAGGUUUUUACAUGAAUCUGUAUGUGUAUUUUACAGACUGCAGUUUCAUCUUCUGCAUUGUAGGUUUCCGUGAAGGCAACCGAUGCUUUUUUGUGAGACGAGACAUGACGUGACAUGACGUGACCCCGACGAUCAUCCAAUCCAACAGCACAUAGACACAUUGAAAACCUACAGACUUUCUGUCUUUUGAAAAUUAUAUUUAUAUGUGAUGCUACUGAUGGUGAUUUGAGGUCAUGAUCAGACUCAGAGGGAUUGUGCAAAUGAUUUAAAUAUGUAUGGGUUAGAAUUUUUAGGGCAGAUUUUUUUUACGUUUGUUUUCUAUAAAACAGGAUAUAUACAUUUCAUGUUGUAUUAUUGUAUAUAAUAAUAUUAUUUCUUUAAAUUAUUACUAUCAAAUGUAGCAGAGGCAAACUUAGCUUUGAACCAAACAAAAAAAUUGCCAAAACUUAACUCACAAACCUACCUAUUUCCAUUUAUAUAGUCGCUUCCUUAUGCUCAACCUAAACCUAAAGUUUAGGUUGAAACUUCUAAGAAAUUUCUUAUAUUGUGCGACACACUUAAAAUGUGAAAGAGGCUUUCGUCUGCCAUCCAAGCUGGCUGUGAUGUCAUUUUGUCAUCUGUUUUCUUUGUAUUUUACAUGUUUUUGUAAUAGAUUGUGGUCCAUGUAUGUAGUUGAUUGUUAAAAACUGUAAUUGUAUGUGUAUUCCGGACUGAAACCAUUUUUAUAUCCAGUAUUAUAAUGUCUACACUCUAGCUUCUCAUUAUUAUAAGGCACACUCUUUAUAAUGUCGUUGUGCAAUGCAAAUUAAAGAUUAUUUUCAUGAGA